ACAUCAGAAAUGUCGUCGUUUAAAACAGGCAGGGCUAUAAACCCGCUUCAGCUUUCCAAGAAUAGUUAUGAGGGUCUACUCUGGAGGAUUAAACUCCCUGAGAUUGGAAGGUUGCGGCAUUGACAGAAACUUUCACGAAAGGUUGAGUCUACCUGUGAAAAACAGGUUCCACACCCCAACACUGACUCACCCAAGCAAGCACAUAAGCAAACCACCUUCAUGUUUAAUCAAAAUAAAGAACCCUUUUUAAUUUUUGCAUUUUUUCUUUCAAACAGUUUUGUGAUGAUAUUCUACAGAAUUGUUAUCCUGGCAUUAUGAAAACAAUUGUUUUCUAAUUUGUAUAGUAUACCAUCUUAAACUUGCAAGUAAUCAUUUUCGACAUUUACAACGUUUUCAUUUCAGAUAUCCUGCUUGAAAAUGGAGUAAAACAGAACAGUCCGGCACACUAAGAACAGUUCUGAACACCAGUGAGAUUUCAGACUAAAUCCAGAAUAUUUAUUAUCGAGUCAAGGGUUUAAUUGUGAAAUAAAAACCAUGAAUUUAGAUCAGCAACCCUAGUGAAUAAUUAUGCAUCCGAAUCAAAGUUCAAGACGUUCCCUUGAGACGGAACUGGACAUAGCGGUUAAAAGCGGAGAGUUAAAGUUACAAUGCAACAAUUUAUCAGAUUUCCCUCGAAGUUUGGGAAAACAUUUCGUCCUAACGGAUACACGGAUAGCAGAUCUAUCAAGAAACAAACUUGUGGAAUUACCGGUAGACUGCACUUACUUCCCUAGUCUGGAGAAACUUAUCCUUUAUCAUAAUAUUAUUAAAUCCAUCCCUGACUCUAUAUCUAGUUUGCAGACCCUCCAGUAUCUUGACCUGAGCAGGAACCAGCUUUCAUUCAUCCCUCAUGCAGUUUGCCAGCUCUCACAGUUACAGAGUUUAGUUUUAAACAAUAAUAAACUUGUUUCUCUGCCGGAGGAGAUUGGAGAACUAACCAACCUAAUGCAAUUAGAUGUCUCCUGCAACGAGAUUGCCCAUUUACCAGUUCAGAUCGGAGAUCUAUCCAACCUAAGAACUCUGAGUUUGAGACGAAACCAUCUCCAGGAGGUUCCUGUUGAGCUAACUUACCUCCAGCUGAGCACUUUGGACCUCUCGUCCAACAGGCUGAGCAACCUGCCCGUGGAGCUGAGGUUCAUGAUCACCCUAGUGGAGUUGAACCUCGAGGAGAACCCCCUGAGUUGCCCUCCUGCUAACAUGUGCUGUAGAGGACGGGUUCAUAUAUUUAAAUAUCUUGAAACUAUUGCCAUCAAGGAGGAUAAGAAGCGUGGAAUACUGGCGGAUACUGAACAUCGGAGAAGUUAUCGGAAGACCAGUCAGAUCGGAGAUAUGAGGUUCGGAGCUGUCAGUGCAGAUGCAAGAUUGAAACGACACACUGCGGAUAGUGGGUACGGUAGUGAACAGCCCAAUGCUAGACGGUGGAGUACUGAGCUCCAGGAUGGACCUGAUCAUCAUGCAGAGGAUGCCAGGAGACUGGCACACAGAGCAAUUAGUUACCGCCCUGCUGUCAACUCCCAAGGGUUUGGUUCCUCCAAUGGUCCAACGUCUCCGACCAGUUUAUCUCCGAAACCUUCUCUCUCUGUACAGAUCUCCCAUCCAUCCUUGGCUAGUAACGGUUCCGGGAGCAGUGGAGUAUCUUCUCUAUCCUCCAUGGGAGCUACUUUGGAUAGCUCCGUUGACAACAGUAAAGAUGUCUGUGAUAACCCUAAGUGGAAUCAACCGUCGCAGUUGAAACCCUCUGAACCUGUUAUACCAGCUCGUAACAGUUUUGUAGCCUCGGAACCUAUGGUGCAAGUUUCCAACGGCAGAACGAACGGUAAAAUUGAGAAGCGGGUUUUCAAUGGUGCAAACCCUUUCCAACCUAACGGGACUAAGAACAUUAUCGCAAAAGGUCCUGCAAUUCAUAGAAAUCGUGAUCUUUCUCUGACUAAUCUUGAUCGAAAACCAGUAAACGGGAAUGGAACGGAUGCAGAUCAGGCAAAAAAAUCAAUUCUUAAAUCUAGCCGAACCAACAGUAACUCUUCUCUACCAGGAAAGUUGCCUGUGCCUAACCAAACCCUGAGUCCAAGACAUAGUCCGACUAGUCCUACUAGUCCUGUAUCUUCUGGCCUUCCUAGUCCCAAUUCAAUCAAAAGUUUUGGGAGCUAUCAUUCCAAUCCAAACAGCUCCGGUCUCCCAAAUCCCACCGCCUUCUCCAGUCAACAAAACAAAACAUCAAACUUCCAAACCUAUCGUCAAUAUAAGGAGCAGCAGAAACUUAGCCGACAAACCGACUCUGUUUACAAAACCGAACAGAAGAGUUAUACCAGCCAUUCCAACGUUCAGAAAACCGGGGUAGAGAUACGCUCCUAUUACGAGCGAAUGCAAACAACUACUACGCCAAGAGCCGGGGCUCCGCCUGAAACUUCUCCGCCGCCUCCGCCUUCGUUGAGUAAAUCUCCAGUAUCAAGAACUGCAAUUCCAACCGCAAACCGGAGUCCGAGCAGUGUAAGCACUGGAUCCUACUCCAGAGCCCCUGCUCCGGCUCGAGUUAAGGAGAAAUCCCUGUUUACUGUGAAACGGGACUCUGAUAGAUCAGCUGUACAAGAUAUGCAUAUUCAUCAUCUUAGACAGAAUAUUGAGCAAAGGUUGAAGAUAUCUCUAGGAGACGAUCUACCCGCCUGUCUGACAGAUGGGGUUGUGUUAUGUCACAUGGCGAACCACGUCGCUCCGAGAUCUGUCAAUUCUAUCCACGUUCCGUCUCCGGCGGUUCCUAAGCUCUCCGCCGCUAAAUGUCAGAGGAACGUUGACAACUUCCUCUCAGCCUGUCGUAGGAUCGGAGUAAGAGAAGAUCUGAUUUGUGGAAUCUCAGAUAUAAUGGAACCUAAUAAAAGCCACACGGUUCGAGUUGCUAUUACAGUAACCGAACUACUUAGAUUUAAAAACGGUUAACGUCAAAAGUUUUAAUAUAAACAUAAGCUUCAAAAGUGAGAUUUGCUAUUCUAGUUUCUCGUAUAAGAUGUAAAUCCAGACCAGUCUUGUUCAAUGUGGUAAAAUAGAAUCUCUAAAUAUCAUAAUUACGUUUUCUUUUAUCGGUUUACUAAACUUGUAAUAAUUUUGUCCUCCAUAUUUAUUCCGUUGACCUUGUUAAAAAAAACUUGAACUACAGUCCAUGAAGCUUCCUAUAUGUAAGACAUGAUUAUUUAAAGUUUAAAGCCGGCUCUAUCAAUAAAUUUAUAGAAUGUUUAUCUGAACAGAGAUAUCCUUGUCCUGUAUAUUUCAACCCAACUAGAAAUGCAAAAUCUUAGUCAAAAUAUGUUUUCAUUCUCUACUUUAAACCAAAUAAACGAAGAAGGGAUUAGUGUUAAUCGGAAAAUUACACUCAGGGGGUGGUUGUGACCUUGAAGUUAAACAAUUUGAAGGUUCUAGAAGUAUUUUAAAUUCUUUAAAGAUUUCACGCUUUUACGGAUAUAUUUUCCCUUUCUACCGAGGUUCUUUGUAUUCUGGCAUGCUUUUUGGUUGUUUGGUACGCCAAGGUGUCCUUCCGGGUAAUAAAAAGGUACUCCUGGUUUCCAAGAUAUAGUUUGCCAAGGUUUCUCUCCCGUACAAUCGCAGGUUUUCUAAAGUUUAAACUAAGAUAUUCGAAACUACCCUUAAGCCCUCAAGACUUCCCAGCUAAACAUUCAAAAUAUGUAUUAAGUUAUUUUUGUAUUUAAAAUGAACAUGUUGUCAAAUCCCGCAUUUUAUAGUUAUAAAAAAGUAAAUUUGUUGAAAGUAUCUUCCUUUUACGUUGAGUAAACGUUGAUUUGAAUCUCUUUAAAUUUCAAUUCUAAAUAAAUGCCUAUUUCUUUACAAUUCCAGAAUUGCCAAAACUUGCAUUAGAAAUUGAACUAAAAAAGAAUAUUACCAUUGUAUUGUGCCAUUAACAUAUAUUGGUCUAAAAAUUGUCAAAGAAAUGUUCUUGUAACAACCCCCCCCCCUCCACCAAACACCCCUGCAUUAAUGUUAUAUAUGAAAAGAGAAUAUUUUUAUAAUCAACCUUGUAUUGUUUAUCGAUCUUAGUGCUAGCGCAGAGACCGAUAAAGAUAGAUCUUAGAUUUUCGUAAAUAUAUUAAAUUGAACCUGUUGUAUUUAGUUACAGUGUGACGAACACGUUGAAACAUUAAAGUAUUAUUUAUACAAUGCCUAUUCCAGAA